AUGAAGAAUAUCUAUUAAAUAUUUUAAGAUAUGCUAAAAAUAGAUGAUUUUAUAGUUUUGGAAAGAAAAAAUGAAAAUUAUUUUCUAUAUCCUUCUAAAGAUUCAUCUUUUAUUAUUAACCAAGAUUAGUAUUUCAUACCAGAUUCCAAAAUAAAUAUUACACCUUUAUAUUCAGAUUUCAUAAAAUUUAUAACUACACUUACUAAUUCACUUAAUAAAUUAUUGUUUUUAUAGAAAACAAUAGAAGUUAUGCUUCUUGAUCUUGAAGAAAAACCUAUAAUUGAUGAAAUGAUAUAAAGUGAAUUAGUUGAAGAAAUACCUAUAAUUAAUGAAGCUAUAGAAAUAGAAUCAGUUGAUUCUGAAACAAAAUCACAAUAAAAUGAAAUAACAAAUGAAUAAUUUCUGAAUAAAAAUAGCUAGUUUAGAAUUUCAAAUAAACUAGAGAAUAUAAUUAAUAAUUAUCAUACCUUGACUUUUUAAUUAUGCUUUGAAAAUGGUGAUUUUUUCUUUAAAUUUGAAAAUCCUUCUCAAAUAACUUACACUUAACUUAAAAAUUUUGAAUUUGAUAUGCUUCCUUUACAAAUAUAAUCUUAAUUUAAUUUACAUGAAAACUAUGUAGAUAGUUUUGAACUAUCGCAAUUUGAUAAAGUAUAAUAACUUCUUUAAAAAUAAAAAAUAAUUUUAUCUGCAAAACAUGUAGAAGUGAAUUUAGAUUUGUAGUAAUCUGUAAAUACAUCUAUAUAUGUGAGAGGAGAUGAAUUUGAAGAAGCAGAAGGAUACUAUGAAAUGCCAAAUCUCCUUACUAAUUAUUUUUACUUGAAUAUUACAUGUUCUAAGAGCUACGGAGGUAUAAUUAAUCUCAAAAUACAUCUAACACCAAAUUUUAUAAUUGAUAAUUACAGAGGAAAGAUUAUUAUAAUGAAUAAAACUGAAGAAUAUGUAAUUGAUGAUUAGCCAAUGUUGUAUGGUUAUAGUGGGUAUCGAGAAGGUGAAAUUUAUGAUAUUUUUGAGAUUCCUAGUAUUAUUGAAAAAGCUUAGUGCUUUGUCUAUGGAAAAUAGCUUUAAAAUUAGUCUGAAUUGGAUGAGCUAUUUCUUGAAGAUCAAAUUUUAUUAACAAUUUUAGUACUAUAAAAAAAUAGUAACUCUUAUUAAUUGUAAAAUAGUAUCAGCCAGAUAGUUACUGAUUUAUUUUAUUGA